CCGCCGCCGCGGCCGCUGCCACGGCUCCCACAAUGCUCGCGUAGCCCCACUUCGACUCCCGUGGCGGCGGCGGCGGCGGCUCCAAGAUGGCGCAGACGAUCUUUGAGGCCCUGGAGGGAAUGGACAAUCAGACUGUCCUGGCAGUCCAGUCUUUAUUGGAUGGCCAAGGAGCAGUCCCCGAUCCAACAGGCCAGAGUGUCAACGCCCCCCCUGCUAUCCAGCCACUGGAUGACGAGGAUGUCUUUCUCUGCGGGAAGUGUAAGAAGCAGUUCAACUCUCUGCCGGCGUUUAUGACCCACAAGCGGGAACAGUGUCAGGGGAAUGCCCCGCCCUUGGCCACAGUCUCGCUGGCCACCAACAGCAUCUAUACGCCUUCGGCAGCACCCACAGCAGUCCAGCAGCCUCCGCCUCCUGCAAAUCGCCAGGUCUCCACAUACAUCACAGUGCCCCCAUCCCCCCUGAUCCAGACCUUGGUGCAAGGGAACAUCUUGGUGAGCGAUGAUGUGCUCAUGUCAGCCAUGUCAGCCUUCACGUCCCUGGACCAACCCAUGCCCCAGGGCCCCCCACCUGUGCAGGUAAGGAGGGGCUGGCUUCUCACAGGUGGCGUGGUGGAGGUGUACAGUGCCACGGCACCCCUGCCUGGAAGUGGAACGGUGGAGAUCCAGGCACUGGGAAUGCAGCCCUACCCACCCCUGGAGGUGCCAAACCAGUGUGUGGAGGCUCCAGUAUACCCCACCCCCCCGGUGUACAGCCCCGGAAAACAGGGAUUCAAACCAAAAGGACCAAACCCUGCUGACUCCAUGACCAGCGCCACUGGGGGCACAGUGGGCACCUUUGACUCCCCACCAACGCUGAAGACUCGACGGGCCAAAGGUGCCAGUGGACUCCCAGAAGCUGCAGGGAAGCCAAAGGCUCAGAAACUCAAGUGCUCAUACUGUGAUAAGUCAUUCACCAAAAACUUCGACCUGCAGCAGCACAUCCGAAGCCACACUGGUGAGAAGCCCUUCCAGUGCAUUGCAUGUGGCCGUGCCUUUGCCCAGAAGUCGAAUGUCAAGAAGCACAUGCAGACCCACAAGGUGUGGCCUCCAGGACGCAGUGGUAGCACUGUCUCUCGCAACUCUGUGACUGUACAGGUCAUGGCCCUGAACCCCAGCAGGCAGGAAGACGAGGAAAGCACAGGGUUGAGCCAGACCCUGUCGGGUGCCCAACAGCCCCAGGCCUUGCCCACAACAGGCGAGGAUGAAACGGACAAGCUGGAAGCCAAGCAGGUGGUCCUCAUCGAUAGCUCCUACCUGUGCCAGUUCUGCCCCAGCAAGUUCAGCACUUACUUCCAGCUCAAGUCCCACAUGACUCAGCAUAAGAAUGAGCAGGUGUAUAAGUGUGUGGUCAAAAGCUGCGCCCAGACAUUCCCGAAGCUUGACACGUUUCUGGAGCACAUCAAAAGCCACCAGGAGGAGCUGAGCUACCGCUGCCACCUCUGCGGCAAGGACUUUCCCUCCCUGUACGACCUGGGUGUGCACCAGUACUCCCACAGCCUCCUGCCACAGCACAGCCCCAAGAAGGACAACGCGGUCUACAAAUGUGUCAAAUGUGUCAACAAAUACUCUACCCCUGAGGCCCUGGAGCACCACUUGCAGACCGCCACUCACAACUUCCCCUGCCCGCACUGUCAAAAGGUGUUUCCUUGUGAACGCUACCUACGGCGUCACCUGCCCACACAUGGCAGCGGGGGCAGGUUCAAGUGCCAGGUGUGCAAGAAAUUCUUCCGGCGGGAGCACUACCUCAAACUGCAUGCUCACAUCCACUCAGGUGAGAAGCCCUACAAAUGCUCAGUGUGUGAGUCUGCAUUCAACCGCAAGGACAAACUGAAGAGACACAUGUUGAUCCAUGAGCCAUACAAGAAAUACAAAUGCCCCUUCUCGACACACACAGGCUGCAGUAAGGAGUUCAACCGGCCGGAUAAGCUGAAGGCUCAUAUCCUCUCCCACUCUGGCAUGAAGCUCCACAAGUGCGCCCUGUGCAGCAAGUCCUUCAGCCGCCGUGCCCACCUCGCCGAGCACCAGCGCGCCCACACGGGCAACUACAAGUUCCGCUGUGCUGGCUGUGCCAAGGGCUUUUCCCGCCACAAAUACCUCAAGGAUCACCGCUGCCGCCUCGGCCCCCAAAAGGACAAGGACCUGCAAGGCCGGCGGCCCCCCCGGAGGAGGGCAGCCCCCCGCAGUGGCUCUAGUGGUGGACGCAAGGUGGUGACCCCACUGCCUGACCCACUGGGGCUAGAGGAGCUGAAGGAUGCAGGGGCUGGGCCAGUGCCUGAGGCUGUCCCAGGCAAGCCACCCUUCUCAGAGCCAGACGCCGUGCUGUCCAUCGUAGUGGGUGGCACGGUGGGUGGGGAACCUGAGCUGGUAGUGCCUGGGCAUACCGAGAGCCUGGGCUCCAACCUGGCACUGGCAGAGCUGCAGGCAGGGGCCGACGGUCCGUGUGCCAUGCUUGCUGUGCCCGUCUACAUCCAGGCCUCGGAGUGAUUGACCCAUGGUGUUUGCUCACACGGCCCAGCCUGAUGGUCAUUUUUGGGUCCAGGGCCUUUGGGGGCAGACUAGAGAUCCUUCCCAAUGGAAGGAGCUGUCAGCGGAAAUCCUUUUGGAAUGUCAUUUAUAAACCCUGGCCUGUCACCCUUCUCUGUGUCCCCUAUCCUUCUGGAAAGCCCUGUAGCAUUCUGGGACCAGGGCAGGGCUUACUGUGGCUUUCAGGCAGGGACAAAAGCAAGAGAGAUGGCUGAGCCUGAGCAGCCCAGGGUCUGUCUGGCUGGUCCAGGCUAGUGGUUGGGCCGCCUAAGAGAGAAGACAGAGUGGUCCUGCCCAUGCCCUCCGGGCUGCCUUAGGGGUGGCCUGCAGUCAAGCUGCUCUUCAGACACCUGACAUGGUCAGAUGAGGAUCUGCUGGACCUUUUCACAAACGGUUCCUCACAGCAUCGCCAGAUGCCUCUGUGAUGUAGGCACUUAGGAGGCACUUGAGUGUUGUGGUUAGAGUGCAGCUAUCAGCCAGAUCUAGCUUCAAAUCCAAGCGCUGCCAGUCACCCGCUGUGUGACCUUGGGUAAGUCACUUCACCUCUGAGCCCCAUGUUCCUCAUCUGUACAAUGAGGCUUAUGAGAGAACUACCUCAUUGGGCUGUCAUGGGGAUCCGAUAUGAUGAAAUAUGCAAAGGGUUUGGCAUAGCGCACUGUACUUGGAAAGUGCUCAAUAAAUGUUUUUUUCAAAAUGAGUAUC